GUUCUUUUCUCUCUUUAUAUUUACAUUCAUCACUUCCGAUUCACACGACGAUUCACUGAUAAAAUAUUUUGCUAAAAUUGGAGUUAAUUUACUGCGAUUUAACUCUUGUUUACAUGACUUGCUAAUCAGCGUUAUUGAAUAAUUUAAAAGCAAUUGUGGAGAUAACAAUUGUAUAUAAAACUCUGGAUUACUCACUGUUUGUUAUCAGUUCAAGCUAUAACUUCAAUCGAAUAAGUUGUCGUAAACAUCAAUUUUAUUUCAAAAAUUUCAAUAAUUUUUAUUUCUAAUAUAAUUUAAGUCUUUAAAAGACUGACAAAACAUUCCAAAGAGAUGAAUUUAAAGUUUUUGUUCCUUCUUGCACUUUGUAUUGUUGGUGCUAUUGCACAUCGGACUCGUGAAAAUGACAAUCAAAAGAGAUUACAGCGUAGUGAUCAAGACAAUGCAUUAGUUGAAGUUUCAGACUCAGAAGCAAGUUCCUUAGAAGAAGAUGCUCUUGCAGAUCCACUUCCAGAUGAUGCAAAUCUUCCAAAAGAAAGUCCAAAAUGGGGUAAAAAUGGAAAGCGCAAGAACCGUAGAUGGCGCAAGAAUAAAUGUAGGCAUGAUAAUAAGACAGAAGGAGCAGCUGAAGAUGGUGAUAAUAAUAACGAGCAAGGUGAAGUAAAAUGUGAAAGAUGUCGAGGUCGUGGAUGUCGUAGACGAGCAAACAAAGACAAGAAAGACAGCAAUGAAGAAGAUCAGAAUGAAAAUAAACAUGACAGACAUCAUCAUCAUCACCAUCAUUGCAAUAAAACAGAAUCAGUUCACGGUCAAGAUGGAAACUUUGAAAGACAUCAUCACAGCUGGCGUAAGCACGGACAUAAGAAUCAAAAUGAAAAAGCAGAUGAUCAAGACAACAAUCAAGUUGAAAAUGAGGAAGGAAAACGUGGAAGACAUCGUCAUAGAGGAUACCAUCAUAGAGGAAAUAUAAAUGAGAAUGGAGAGUUUGGACAUGCCCCUGAAUGGCACAAAAAUCACAAUGUUUCAUUGACCGAAGGAGAAAGUAACGUAGGCCGACGAAGACAUCAUCAUCAUCAUCAUCAUUGUCAUAAUAGAACUACUACCACAAGCACUACACCCACUCCAACAUCUGUCGCACCAAGUAAUGACGAUUUAGUAACUGAAUUCGAUACUAGAGUCAAUGUCGAAUAGAUUGACCUCUAUGGCAACAACCACAUUCGAUGUGAUGAAUGAUUCAACCGAGAUCCAUAAAUUUUAUUUAUGUACACAUAAAUUUAAGAAAUAUAAAGUUUAUCCAACAAAUAAAAAAGAAAAGCUUUCUGUC